ACACAGCGAAAGUGAGACCAGAGAGCGAAACGGGAUGUGCCAUUUAUGGUACAAAGUGAAACUCCCAUGCACAAUAAGUUCAGAAGUGUGCCAUGAUUUUAGCCCUAAUCUUAUCAGGCAUCAUGCUCGAGUCAACAAAAUGGGACUAAACAACUUUCAUUUGAUUUGGUUUUCUCUGCUUUCUUGGCUCGUACUACAGCAAGUUACAAUACUUACCGGAAGUGCCAUCCAGUUCCUAAGGACACCGGGGGCUCAGAUAAUAGGCAUCAGAGGGUCAGCGGUCAACUUCACAUGGGAGUACAACACUACUUCCAAACUCAGGCGCAUUGUAUUUGGAAUAUGGGGCAAAGACGACUCAUUCAUGCAAUUGAACAUCAUAGCGUUACUGUUUGAGCAAAGUGGAUCCCUGUGGAAAAUAACUCCAAACAAUGGAAUAUCCGCCAAGCAAUACCACGGACGAGCGCGCUGGACGGGGGAUCUGGGCAAAAGUAGGGCAAGCUUUGAGCUGUCGAGUAUCAUUGAUCAUGACGAGAACACGUACGCUAUAUGGAUUGACGUGAAUGAUAUGAUUGGAACAAUUGGGCACGAUCAUACUAACUUGAAUGUACUGCCGCCAUCCGUGCUACAGCCUUUACUCAGCAUUAUAUACACACGUCUUGGCAUGGACGCGAAGUUCACGUGGAGGUUCUCGCUUAACGUGGAGGACACGCGAGCGCUCUCUAGUAUCACGUGGGGGGUGGUACGGAACGGUACCUUCACGAGCUUUUGCGAAAUAGUGGUAGAGAACAGUGCAGUGUCCUCUCACAGAUGUGCCCCCGGUAAGAGCAGCGAAAUGAUCAAACCGACCUCAACUGCUUCAUUCAUUCUCAACGACGUCAAAGUGAGCGACGAAGCAGAGUAUCAACUGAGACUGCGCGGGAUAAGACUACCGCUGACCAGUACUACCAAGCUUUUCGUGACAGAUCCUCCGAAAAUAACACUCCAUCCUGAGCCCACGGUCGUGCGGGAGGGAAAACCGCUCAUUCUGACAUGCGUAGCUGAUGGCCGACCCAGUCCGUCGUAUACCUGGAUUUUAGAUGGUCAGGUGAUUCAAGAUUCGUUCAAUGGCACUGUCAAGGUGGAGCGUGCGCGCAGAGAGGAUGCUGGGAGUUAUCGAUGUGUUGCCAAUAAUAGCAUUGGUAGCCAGACAUCACGUAGUGCUGACGUCACUGUUCAAUUUCCUCCAAUCGUAAAUCUCACAAGGAAACUAACAAUUGUGAAGCUGCCGUUGGGCGCCAGCGAUACCCUAUCCUGUCCAGCGGAAGGCAACCCUGCGCCUUACUUCCGGUGGUACAGAGACGCCACCCACUACGUCAGGGACGGGCAUCUUGUCAGCGUUACCGUAGCAACAGAGGCAGACUAUGUGACGUACAUGUGUGAGGCAGUGAAUGAGAUUGGAGCGGAUAACGCUACUUUUAAGCUGGUGCAAGUCGGUCCUCCUACUAGUCCUCACGUGGACUGCGGGAAGAAAGAGGACACAACUGACUCGCGCGACAGGAAAUUCCACUGGACCCCUCCAAGUGACGACGGUGGGGCCCCUGUGUUAUUCUACUCCGUCAAAUACCGUACUGUGAGAGGUACCCUGGGGAGAGGGCCGUGGGUCACUAGUAACAUCAGCGUGUCAAGCACCUGGUACCAGUUCUCACUGGAGUGGAAUAAAGUUUAUGAGCUUAGCGUGACAGCAUGGAAUACAUACGGCGAGAGCGUGACGAACUUAGAGUCGGACACCUGUGUCGUGACGGUCGGACAAGGUCACAGUGUCGCACUGGCUACAGGAAGUGUUAGUGUAGCAUUGCCUAUCGGCAUUGCAGGCGCAUGCGCAGUGCUUGUUCUCGUUGUCUUCGGACUGACUUGUCGGCAUGUCGUCAAGAGAAACAGAGUCAGAGCCAUUCAUCAUAUCAGCCUGAGCGGCCAUGUAGGAGGUAAUUGUAGCGAAGGGCCGUCGUCGGGUGAAGCCGGACGUAAACAGACGAUGGUUGGAAGUCCCUCGUAUCAUAUGGACCCUCAAUGGACCGUUCCCCGAGAAAGGAUCCAUAUCAUGAAGGUUAUUGGAAAUGGGGCAUUUGGCCAGGUGCACAAAGGACGUGUGCACGGAUUAGGGACCAAUAGUCCCGGAUGGACCCUUGUCGCCAUCAAGAGCCCGUAUGCUGACGCCUCGGACGCCGAGACACGUGACCUCAUGAAGGAGUUCGAGCUUCUUAAGAGGCUAAAGUCGCAUCCCCACGUUAUUAAACUACUAGGAUGUGGGGAAGAUGACGGUCGCCCCCUUGUGAUUAUCGAGUACGUGCCUCACGGUGACUUGCUCGGAUACUUGCGCAAGAGUCGCGGCGAGGAGGACAGCUACUACCCCGACCCGGAGAUCAAGCCAAAGACGUCUCUCUCCUCGCAACAGCUGGUUCGCUUCGCCUGGCAGGUCGCAGACGGCAUGCAGUACCUCUCCUCGCAAAAGAUUAUCCAUCGUGACCUGGCAGCGCGAAACAUUCUCGUGGGGGAGGGGGAGGUGUGUAAAGUGACGGAUUUCGGAAUGGCAAAGGACGUCCAAAACGAAGAUAUUUACAUUAGAACAACUGAGGGGCGACUUCCUGUGAAAUGGACUGCGAUCGAAGCAUUGAUCGGCGGAGGAGAAUACACAACUCAGAGUGACGUGUGGAGCUUUGGGGUUGUUCUCUAUGAGAUCUGUACCAUUGGAGGUGAACCGUACCCCGGGAUUGCCGGGAAAGACAUCCCAGAAUACUUAGAGGCCGGUUACCGCAUGUCGUGCCCCACCCACUUGGACGCCACACUAUAUGAGAUCAUGGCGAGCUGUUGGGCCACGUGUCCAGAUAUGCGUCCGACAUUCACGUCCCUUGAAAAGCUACUGAACACAUUAGAAGCGGUGCAGUCCAAGGACUACAUCAACCUAUCCGAGUGCUUUAGUCUUAGGCAAAGCAGAAGAAAAGAAACGAUGGAGCUCACAGCGCCUACCAAGUGAAGUAGUGCCAGAGGAGACCCGAUUAUCAUGAAUGAAUUUAUCUAAACUAAAUUUAAGCUAAUAGUAAUCGAAAAGUUGAUUUUUAAAAAGUGUUUUUAGCGAGACAAGGUCAUUUACGCAUUUAAUUGUUGUGCACAGUAUUCGAAAUAAAGAGGGUAAAAUUGUGAAA